AUUUACUAAAUGGCUUCAAGAAUAUCCCUGUUAGUUACGGCAGCGUUACUAGCAGGGAUAUAAUUGGCCUGCUAAAGUCACAUGUCCGGUCCCAGCUCUGUGGUGAGUGCGCAGGCGCGGACAGAAGACUGUGAUUGGCCAGGGGUGUUUUUACUCAGAAAAGGGGGAGUAGCCGACUUCGACCAGGGAGGCCGGAAGAGCCCGCGAAGACUCAUGGGAGCGAUGAGUCACCGGGAGAAGAUGGCGCCGGAUCGAGGAGAAGAUGCGGUCGAGCGUCAUCAGAAGAGGGAAAGGCUUACAGGUUCCGGUCGGAGGAAAAAAUGCGGAGAACGACGGUAAAAGGACCAUAUGGAAAACGCUUGAGGAAGCGAUAAUGGACAGAAUGGCACUUGAGGAAGCCCUGAAUUAUUUCUGUUAUAAACAUAAAGGCAUCUACUUUGAGAGCAGUGUGACAUCACCUGAAGUCAUAGAUGCUAUAGAACAUAUGGAAAUUAGGGAUGGUGAUGUGUUUCUGGUUACCUUCCCAAAGUCCGGCACAGUUUGGACACAACAAAUUUUAAGCCUAAUAUUUAAUGAAGGCCAUAGAAAUGGAACAGAACAAAUUGAGAACCUAGAUAGAAUGCCAUGGAUUGAAUAUAACCUCAAUUCUAAGAAUGUUGACGUUACAAGCCGUCCAUCUCCUCGUCUCUUUACAUCUCACCUGCCUCAUUAUCUAAUGCCAAGGGAUCUGAAGUUCAGGAUGGGAAAAAUUAUAUAUGUGUGUCGAAACCCAAAAGAUGUUCUGGUGUCCUUUUACUACCUCUAUAAAAUGUUUUCAAACUUGAAAUCUACUGUAAAUUGGGAAACAUUCAUAGAGCUGUUCAUAUCAGGGAGAGUCUUAGGUGGCUCCUGGUUUGAUCAUGUUAGAGGCUGGUACACGCACAAAGAGGAUUUCAACAUACUGUUUGUGACAUUUGAGGAAAUGAAAAAGGACCUCCGAUCUGCUGUGAAGAAAAUUUGCACAUUUGUGGGCGUAAACCUCGAUGAGAGAGAAAUAGACACCGUGGUGGAAAAAGCAACUUUUAAGAACAUGAAAGACGAUCCUCUUUCUAAUUAUACAUUUCUUUCAGAGGAUUUAGUAGACAGAAAUAAAGGAAACUUUUUACGUAAAGGGAUUGUUGGCGACUGGAAAAAUAUGAUGACGGUGGCACAAAGUGAAAUGUUUGAUAAAGUUUACAAAGAGAAGAUGGGAGAUCUGCCAAUCAAGUUUUCAUGGGACCUAAAUGAAGAAACUGCAUCCUAGAGUUCAGUCUCCUUCAUAAUAACCGUAAAUUAAAUGGUUGGACAUUGAUAGGAAAGAACCCCUCCAGGCUCGCUCCAGAAAGUGUAUCUCAGAACCCUUCCCUCCAAUGGCAACAACACCAUAGAAAGAUAUAUAUACCCAGUGGCAUAGCUAUAGAGGUCGCAACGGUCACCGUUGCGACCGGCCCCUUAGCCCCCUUAGACCCCUUAAUCAAUCAGUAUGACAGCCGCUGCUACCAUACCUGUCCAUCUGGCAGCAGCGGAGUCUUCAUGAGGACCUGGGGGCUGGGGCAGCUUGGCGGCAUCAGGACCUGGGAUAGGCAGGGACAGUGCUGCGGCAUCAUCACGCCGUGACUGUCCCACCCCUGCCUUGCCGCCUCAAGUGGAGGAGGAGGGGCAGGGCACAUACGGUCCAAAGUCCAGGAAGCCCUGCCCUCCUUCUCCUUAUGCAUUGUAGCAGGUCUGCCCACUAGAGUGACCGCCUGCUCAUCCACCCGUCUGCCCGGCCGCUCGUCCGUCUGUCUUACCCGUCCGCCAGCACAUCUGUCUGCCCAGCCACCUGCCGAUCCCACUAUCCCACCUGGUAAGAUUGAACCAAAGCACAUAAUAAAUGCAUGGCGCUUCGGCGCGCAGCACCGUUCAUUUACUGCAUAACCAUGAAUUUACAGCAUGACAUAGUAGUUUCGCAAAGUGACAUCAGAAGCCAGUGUUUUCCAAACAGGGUGCUUUCAGCUGUUGUAAAACUACAACUCUCAGCAUGCCCUGACAGCCAAAGGCUGUUCGGGCAUGCUGGCAGUUGUAGUUUGCAACAGAAGGAGGCUCCAUAGUUUGAAAACACUGACUUACAGUAAAUGUUUUAACUUUUAGAAAAAAAAUAUAUAUAUUGUGGAAACCUCCCUUAUUACCAUAAAUUAUCUUGUAACACGUAACGGAUCUGUCGAAGACUUGGCCCUAUAGUGUGCCUCCAGCUGUUUCCCCCCCUGUGUGCUGCUUGCAGCAGCAAUCCACCGCUACGAGUAGCCACACAGAUUGCUGCUUCAAGCAGGAUACCUGGGAAAACAGCUGGAGGCACACUAUAGGGUCAGGUCAUGGGCGGAUCUGCAACAUAAAAUAUGCUGCUGAUCUGUUAUGUGUGACCCUAUAUUUGUGGGGCUAUCAAUCACAGAGCCACGGACCGCACUACACGAGAGGUAAGCCCUCUGGCUACCUCAGCAUUGGAUCGCCCCCUUCCCCCCCACUGGGGGGGGGGGGGACCACUCCACUGGACCACCAGGGGCUGUUUAAAGGUCCCUUUGGAUGCCGCUGUCAGCUUUGACAGUGGGAAUUCAAAGGGUUAAUAGUGGCUACGGCGAUCACCGUAUGUCAGCUAUUGGGGGGCCAGCCAGUAUGGCGUGGGCUCAAGUCGGGAGCCUGCGCCAUAAACAGUUAACGGCACAAGGAUGUGUAUACACGUCCUUAGUCGUUAACCAGUAAAAAAAAUGGGAAAGGGGGGGGGUUAGGGGGCCCAGGAUAAUUUUUUGCUUCAGGGCGCUGUGGCUUCUAGCUACGCCCCUGUAUAUACCCAAUCAUUAAUUAAAAAAAGGAAAAUCUGAAUCUGUUAUCUCUAUGUAUCAUAAUGCUGCUUAUACAAUGCUCAUACAUUUAAAGUGAAUGUGUCCUCUAGAUUUCUUUUUAAUGAUUAGAGCCAGAUACUGAAAAUUUUCUUUUUUUUAUCUAUUUUUAGUACAUUAUUAUCGGGACAGCCAUCUUGCCUGAUGUGUUUUUAACAGUAUUUAUGCUUGGGAAUUUCCAUGGUCAUAGGCAAAAUGAACAUCUCCAGACCCUAUUGACUGUAUGGGUUGGAGUGUAAGCAUGCUCUGUGACCUUCGCAGAGGUCAUUCUACAGGGAAGGGGAGGCUAAGCUGCUACUGUCUCAUCCAUAUAAUGUCCCUUUUCAGUCUUCGCCAUACCAUCACAGACAGAACAGGAAGGCUCAGUGUAGUUUUAGGCUUAGUGGUCAAAAUGAAAACUUCAAGACUUCUGAUUUAUUUUAUAUAUGGACAGUAAAAUUAAAAAUGAGAAAAAACAAAAAAAUAUAAAAAUAUUUUUUACAUAAAAUGUUGAUUGAGGGUAGGCUCACGUGCCACGUUUGGCUACAUAUUCGCUACUGCACAUUUGAAGUCAAUAGUGACUUCAAAGGGGAUUUUCAUAAUCAAAAAUUAUCAUCUGCAAAAAUAACUGAUGUGUCUGGGCUCUUGUAGUCUAUUAAAUAUAACAAAAAUUAUUCCACCUCUCCCCUAUUUGAAUUGAACUAUUUGGAACUGCUCAAGAUAGCUGAGCACUAUAGUAGCCUGUUUCCUAGGCCCAUAGACUGCGCCUUUCAAACAGAUGGGGACAGGACUCUUUCAGAAUUCCUGUCAGUCAGGCACUCAUCUCCUAUCCAGUAAGAAUUCAUGCCCCAUGUACCCAGCAUGUACAUUGAUAAAUGUCACACAAACAUUCUGCUCAUAAGUGUAUGCUACCUCUAUACAUGCACCAAUAUAACCAGACAUACUGUCAUAUAGUGACCAAAUAGUGGUUGGAUCCCAGGUCUACACAGAGAUGACAGUUUUGAUAAAAUGUAGAAGCAAACAUUAUACAUGUGACGUUUCAUGGUCAGUAGGAAACAUUGCAGCCCUGAACCCCAAGCACUGUUUAAAAAUCCCACAAUUAAUUGGCCCACCUGCCUACCUACCACUGUGAUCAGCAGCUCUGCGCUGCGCUCUGCGGUUGUCAUAGUAGUGUCUCAAAGGGAUUGGAUGUGACACAGGUAUAAUUUUCAUAAAUGUUUCUUUUUUUUCUUCUGCAUAACACUGAUGAUUUUUGAACACUACAGAGUUUUUAAGCCACCUUUUGCAGUAGGCGAUUAUAAUGUUGUCAGUCUGGGCAGGCAUUCAAGGUUGAAACUGCCGGGGUGCUCAAAGUCGUCCAAGGUGUUCAUAUUAUAAUCUACCACUGAGGGCUAAAAUUAUAAAUAAGCACUAUUACCUCGAAAUCUAUGGAACUUGCCCCCCCGAUUCCCAGGAAUCUCUCCGCUUUUGACUGCAAGCCCAUCCUUAGACAUACAUGCAGUUGAAAGCUAUGAUGGAGGAAAACACUUUUGGGUCCUUGUCCUCAUCACUUACUCUAGUAGACUGCUUUAGGCGUGCAGCCCACAAGAAACUGGGAGUGCCACAGAUAUUCUGUGCCUUGCUCUGGCAAAGAGACUUGCAUUGACAUUACUACAUCACAUGGCUUACACCAGAGAGGAGGAAACUCCAAAAAUGGAAUGCAUAGACAGCAAAAGUACAAAAACACCACCUCUCUGGUUUUUUAUCACCUAUUAAGUCACACAAAGUGAUAGAGCUGCAAAUGCACCAAAUAAUACAAACUCCAAAAAGGGAAUGCAUUGACAGCAAAAGUACAAAAACAUGUAAAUCUUUAUUAAACAUACAUAUUAUAAAAACAUAGCUUAAAAGAUGAAGGCACAAUGUACAUCGCUGGAUGAUGUCAAGGAGGUGGGGACACUAACAGUGGUAUCACAAACUAAAUCAAUAAAUAUGAUAAGGUACAAAACAUGCAUGGAACAUCAUAAAUAUGGAACACUAUAAAGACAGCCUAUAAUAUCCAGUUAAGGACGCAGGGCAUACAGGUACGCCCCCGUUCCCGAGUCCUUAAGGACUCAGGGCAUACCUGUAUGUCCUGAGUCCAGUUACCAGGGUUUUAAAGGGGUUCUCCACUGCCCUGCCUUCCGGAGCUCCG